AUGCCUGAAUGUCUCAUCUCCAAUCCCAAACCCUCGAAUCUCAGAACGCUAUUCUCUCAGUUUCUCUGUUCUUCAACUGAUCGUGAGAAGAGAGAGCUUCCAACACUGCCGGAAGCUGAGAUGGAAACUCGCGCAGCAGCAAAGAGGAGGGUCAACCAACCCGAGAAUCAACCGCUCAAAAAGAAACGUGUUGUGUUGGGUGAAAUUUCCAACUUACCUGAUCUCACCGCUACUCAAACUUCGCUUCCCAAGAAACCGAAAUGUCUGAAGAAUCCCAAGGUCAAGAAAGCAGCGUCGUCCACGAAGAAGAACCUCAGUUCUGCGGAUUCUUCAAGGGUCGAGGUGGAGAAAUCAGUUGACAUUGUUAUUGAUGCAAAAUUAAGCAGCCAUGGCAAUUCCGAAGGUUCUUUGGUUUCCGACAUGUAUAACUAUCUUAGCUCAAUGGAGGCGGAGAAAAAACGAAGACCAAUGAUUGACUACAUGGUUAAAGUUCAGAAAGAAAUUACUGCAAACAAUAGAGGAACAUUGGUGGAUUGGUUAGUAGAGGUUGCAGAGGAGUACAACCUUCUCUCCGACACUCUUCAUCUCUCUGUUUCAUACAUUGACAGAUUUUUAUCAAUUAAUCCUGUGACUAAGCCCAAGCUUCAGUUGCUGGGUGUUUCCUCUGUGCUCAUUGCAUCGAAGUAUGAAGAAAUUGACCCACCUAAGGUAGAAAAGUUCUGCUACAUCACUGCUGAUACGUACAACAAGGCAGAGGUUGUAAAGAUGGAAUCGGACAUACUCAAGUCACUAAAUUAUGAAAUGGGCAACCCUACUGUUAAGACUUUUCUAAGGAGGUUUACUGGGAUUGCUUCUGAGGAUAAAAAAGCUCCAAAUUUGAUGUUUGUGUUUAUGACUUCCUAUCUUGCUGAGCUAAGCUUGUUGGACUAUUAUUGUUUAAAAUUCUUGCCUUCCUUGGUAGCUGCGUCUGUAAUAUUUCUUGCUAGAUUUAUCAUCUGGCCUAAAGUGCAUCCCUGGAAUUCAGCCCUGCAUGAAUGCUCUGGGUAUAAAUCAGUGGAGUUAAAAGAAUGCGUUCUCCUUUUACAUGACUUGCAUAGGGGAAGAAGGGGAGGGUCAUUCCAAGCUACUCGGGAGAAAUACAAGCAGCACAAUUUUAAAUACGUGGCAAACCUCCACUGUCCUCCACAUUUGCCAAAUUCUCUCUUUGAAGAAGAGUGA